GUGACGCAUGAAACAGCCGAGGGAACGCCUCCAGCGGCUCGCGGCCCGCGGAUUGCCCACACACGGCCUCGUCAACCGGGUCGCCGCUUCUUUCGGCGACAGAGACGAGGCCACCACGGCCCUUACCGUCGCCAGAAGUGGUGGACCGAGCCACCCACGACACCGGCUCCCGAACCUGGGAAGCAGUGUUGCAUCUUUAAUCGGAUCGGAUUCUUCGCUUUUCGAACGCAGGAGGGCGCCAAUGAUAACCCUGAUGGUGGAAGAUCCUUUGACAUAGCACCAGAUCAGCGCACUGCAGUCUACUCGGAUGACUCACAGGUCGGCUUCGCCGACAUUUCCGACCCGUACAGCCCCGCUGGAACGGGCUUGAGCACCAGCUUUUAUGGUCCCGAUUCUGUGGCAGUUAAGGACAAUACUGUUGCUUUAGCCAACAGGCGCGAUCAGCUGCAUGUCGUCGACAUCACGUCUCAGACAUCCGUGCGCACCAUCGAGCUUGGAGCAAGGGCAUCUGACAUUACUAUCAGCCCAGACAGAACGAUUGCGGCUAUUGCGACUCAGGGUACCUACAUGGUCCAAGUGAACAUCUCUAGUUCGGACCCAGUGGCCUGGACAACGCAGGUGAUAAGUGACAUUACGAACAUUACCUACGACUAUCCCAGGGUUGCAAUUCGGGCAGACAACAUCGCAGUAGUGACCGUGCACAGCAACUCGGUGAUUAUACUGAAUCUGACGGAUGCCACGAUCCUUCACAAGUUCUCUGCCGGCGAAGUUAACCUCACUGGCAUCGACACGCUUGAGGAUGACUUCAUUCGCUUGAACUCCAGCCUCACGGAUGUUAGGCGGACGCCGUACGACGUUGCUUGGCUGGGUGAUUCGACCUUCUUUGCCACGGCGGACAGGCUCAGCCGAGGCUUCAGCAUCUUUAAGCAGAGUGGAGAGCUUGUCUUCACUUCGGGGAAUCAGCUGGACCACCUGGCCGUUUCUCUUGGCCACUACCCUGAGUCAGACUCUGACCCUAACGACUGCAGCAUUGAUGUUCAGAGGGUGCAGUUCGGCACAGUGGACGAUUGCCAGAUGCUCUUCGUCCAGAGUAUCAGGGCAAGCCUCACCUUUGUCUUCGAGGUCUCUGACCCCUCUACGCCCGAAUUCUUGCAGGCACUGCCAUCCAUCAGAAGGCCUGCGGAUGGGAAGGUGGUGCCCGACAGGUAUCUCUAUGUCUCAAUCUCGGAGGGACAUGCGUCUAGUGCUCGAGACAUUGACUCUGGCUUGAACUUCUACCAGUGUUCACAGUGGCCUAGGCAGUUUCCCUUCCUGGAGUCCGGAGACGCAGAGGAUGGCACGCCUCUUCCAUGGACGUCGGUGGCCGGGCUCACCGGUGAAGAAGACGGCACGCUGUAUGGCAUCGAGGGGGACGAGCUUCAGGCGCAAACUCAAAUCUUGGUCAUUGACAGUCAGCAGCAACCUCCACUAAUCACGGAAACCAUGUCCGUGACAUACCCGAAUGGCAGCUUGGUGGAGAAGUUGCAGGUUCAGGGGAUCGAGCGCAUCCCCUCAGGCUUCGCGAUUGUCGAGAAGUCGGGGCGUCUCCAUCUUCUCAGCAGCUCCGGCGUACUUCAGGCCUCCUUAGAGGUCCAAGUCUUCGGCAGCCUCAGUGGCGUGGCCUACGAUUCGAGCCUUGGCCUCCUCCUUACGGACACCAGCGGCUUCGUGCAGCUCUGCGACUUGCAGCCCGCCUGCGGCCUCAGCAACUUCAGCUACACCGUGGAUUCGCAGGACAGCGGCUCGGUCGACGGCCCGGUCGAGCUACAGGAUGUGGCAGCAAUAGGGAAUGGCGCUUUCCUGUUCAUGGAGACAGAUGGCGAAGGCGGAUUUGAUGCUACAGUUGGCAGGAUUUACAAGGCUGAGCUCCCGCAGUCUGGGGGCAUUUUAUCGAAGUUUUUAGUGGCAGACUUCUUGUUGGACCUGAUCGACCUACGGGGGCCCGUGCUGCAGGACUUCAACAGCAUGGCCGUGACGAUGGUGUUCAUGCUGCCAAAGAAGAUGAUAUGCAAUACCCCUUCAACCGCGAGCAACAACAUGUUGAUGAUUUUGAGGCCGGAGGAGCAAUGGAUGGCAGCCUACUGGGGCCCCCCGGCGGAGGCUACCAGUCGCUGCUGUCCACGAACUACAGCGUGCCCUCAACGAAGUACGAGGUCCCCACGACUUGGGGAUACUCUGUACCCGGUACGGCCUAUGAGACUGCAGGGACCAUGCAGGGGACCUAUUCCCCGCCGGAUACGAGUGGGCCCGUCUACGCGGCUCCUGCUUCCCCGGAGAGGGACCUUCUGA